ACUGCUCAAUUCGAGACCAUCUGGCUUCCUGGUUUGCUAAGCAUUUCACAUUGUGUUCUAUAAAUUGCACCGAGAAGUUUUGAAGAAUCGGAUGCAAAACACGAAGCAAACAGCUUGUAAAUAAAAUUUGCGCAACCCAGCUUUGCAAAUAUAAUCGAUAUGGAUUCUGAAUGCCAACAACAACUAUACAGAAUAGUUGAGGCAGAGGAUCGGCCCACAGAGAAAAAUGUAGAGGAGAUUAUACAGCCUGCAACUGAAAAUUUCAGUGGAAAACAAGGAUUGAUCACUCAGCAUCAACUUCAAAUCUCUUCAGGCCUCGCCGAAUCCUUGAAUAGCAUCAAGGAGGACAGUGAGAAAGGGAAGGGAAAUCAAUUUCGAAUUGAGGAAAAAUUUCCCCAAAAGAUUUGUGUUAUUGAUUACCUGCGGGAGAACUGUUCUUUGAUUUGCAAGGACUGUGAUCGUUUCUCUGAUGAAGACAGAGAAAAGGCCGAGAAGAAGUUGAAGGGGCUUAAAGUGAGGGUUACGCAUAGAAGGUGUGCACAAAAAUAUACAGUAAAUGGUCUAACGAAUGAGAUGACCAGAGAUCUCAAAUUUGAGGUUACUGAAAGUAGCGGAUUAAAGAAGGAUAUUGGAAUCAUAGACUAUUUCGUUCAUGUAAAGAAGUACACUUCUGCUAUCAGAUACCAAUUUUUGCCUUGUUUGGAUCUGGUUCUUAAACCUGGAGAUGAGUCUAUUUAUGUUCCGAUAGAAUUCUGUGAAAUUUUAGCCAAGGAUAAUUUAAAUUUGCAAAGGAUUGAAUUUCCAACUGCAGAAGAGAUGGGACACACAAUCCUUGACACGAUAAGGAAAGACGAUGGAGUGAAAGUGAAUCAGUUUCAAAUUGCAAUGAUUAAAAACAAGAGAUCAAUUGUGAGCGCUGCAGUUCACAGACCUCCGCAGCUCAAGCUCGGAAGCGAAAAGGAAAUAACCCCUGUUCAAAAAAAGGGGCAGUAUAACCUGCUUAACAGGCGUGUCUAUGACAGCAAGGCCAUUGACAACAAAUGGGGUCUCUUAUUCUUCAGCAAUGAUCCUCAGCCCCCUCCACAAUGGCCCUCCACUAUUAUCCAAAAAUUCAUGUCUUCCUUGGCCAAAAUAUGCACAGAGAUCGGAAUGAAAAUGGCAGAAGAACCUCAACUCUGCCAAUAUCAAUCGAUGGAAUGCUUCUCUGACCUCGCAAAGCUUCGCUUAACUUUAAAAAACCUGCACAAGAAGGGCCUAGAAAUCUUAGUAUGCGUCAUGGAAGCGGAGAAAUGUCCGGGAUACAAAACCCUAAAACUUGUUGCAGAAACAGAGAUAGGGUUAAUUACUCAAUGUUGUCUGCUUGCAAACGUCAAUAAAUACUGCGAUCUGUCCUGUAAGCAGUCGCCGCAGUAUCUGGCCAAUUUAGCCCUGAAAAUAAACGCCAAAUUAGGCGGAAUCAAGGCCGUUCUUGAGCAGAGUCCGUUUGGGAAUUCCAAGGUUUUCAUAUUUGGGGGCGAUGUGAAGUUUCCAUCCAGUAACGACAACAGUCCUUCUGUGGCUGCACUUGUGGGAAGCAUCAAUAACCCGGCCUGCAAUCGAUAUCUGACCAGAAUCAGAUAUCAAGAUUCCGCAGAGCAGCAUAUAAAUCAGCUUGCAGAUAUGGCCAAAGAUCUUAUUGACGAAUACAGAGACAUAAACAGGGGUUUACCAGAAAAGAUCAUUUUCUUCAGACAGGGCAUCAGCGACUAUCAAUUGAAACGAGCGGUCAAUAAAGAAAUCGCUGCUCUGAAACAAGCAGUGAGCAAAUAUGAAGGUAAAUAUGAGCCGCGCAUUUCCUUCAUUGUUGCUCAGAAGAGUCGCCGUACAAGACUAGAAGUCGCUGAGGAACACAACACUUACAAAUGGCGCAGUGUUCCUCCUGGCACAGUUGUGGAAAAUUCUCCAAAUUCCAACUGUAAACAGCUGAAUUUCUUAAUGUGCAGUCACAACGGGCAAUCAGAAAAAAGCAGGCCAACAUAUUAUCGCCUUGUGUAUGAUGAAAAUGAAUUUACUCUGGCUCAGCUGCAGAUGUUCAUUAAUGACCUCUGUUAUACUUGUGUGAGAAGCAAAGAGCCACUGUCACUGCCGCCUCCCCUGUAUUACGCACAUCUUGCGGCAUAUCGCGGAAAGCAUUAUGCAGAAGCUUCUUCUUCAUUUGCACUCAACUUGCCCAAAAUUCCGAAACUCAUACACAACAACUCCAUGUUCUUCUGUUGAACAUGAAUUUGGCUCCACCCAACUGUAAAUAGGAAUAAAGGCGCCAGCGCCCCUUGGUAUUGCAUGUAAAUAAAUAAAAAUGCAUACCUUUUAUUACAUAAUAAAUCACAGAUAUAGC